GCGUCGUCGCUAGGAUACCUGACAGACGCGCUGUGUUUCUAGGAGCCCACACCAACAACCCAACGAGGAAACUCAUACAUUGUGUGAAAAAGCUAUGUUUCAAUUGAACAGAUAUCUAGAUUUUGCAAAGCAGUCCGGUGAAUAUUACGACUAGCGUACUUUCACUGUACCUUCAUCGUGUAGUGUUUUUUUUUUUUUUUUUUUUUAACCUGAAAUUAGAAACCAACAAAAAAGAAUGAUGACGGAGGAAAAGGCCCAAAAGACAGAUGUUGAAGAAAAUGCCUUUGAGACCCUGGAAAGGGAUUUCCAGGAAGUUCUCCACGAGCUUACAGGCGAUAAAAGCCUGGAGAAGUUUCGGGUUGAGUAUGAGAAGCUCCACAAAGCCUUGAAGAAAUCCCAUGAAAGCGAAAAAAGACUCAUGUCAAAAUGUAGGGAACUAAAUUCCGAAAUAGUAUCCAAUUCAGUCAAAGUAGCAACAGCGUUGAAAUUAUCACAAGAAGACCAGACAACAAUUGCGUCACUGAAAAAGGAGAUAGAAAAAGCUUGGAAAAUGGUGGAUGCAGCUCAUGAAAAGGAACAACGUGCUAAAGAGACCAUUCAUGCCCUGAAACAGGAGAUUGCUAACCUGACAAAGCUGGUGGAGCAUGGGGCAGGCUUGUCUGUGGGCCAAGAACACAGUGUGAAGGACUUACUGAAAGUCAAAGAGGAUCUAACAAAGGAAAGAGAUGAGUUGCUAACUGAAGUAGUGAACUUAAGAGAUGGUCUGACCCAGGCUACAGCAAAGCAACAAGAGAUUGAGGCUUGGAAAGAAGAAGUGUCUGAGAAUAUGACCCAGCUCCAGCAGGACAUCCAGCUGAGCCAGAAUGAAUGUUCCCGUGAGACUCGGAGAAAGGAAAAACUGGAAAAGGAGAUAAAGCAGUUGCAAGCUGAACUGGACAGUAAACAGGCAGAGAUCAAAACGCUGACUCUGCACAACCAGCGGGGCAAAGAGGAGCAGCAGAAGAUGGAGCAGCAGCUGCGGGAACAAAAGAUUCUAAAUGAAAGGGCCUCAAAGGAGCUAGAACAACUGCAGAUCAGAAACACCAAAAUCCAACAGGAGAAUGAUCAGAAUGGCAUAAGCUUGGACCAACUGGCUCAAGAGAAUCAACAACAGGCAUCAGAUCUUAAGAUGAAAGAAGAGGAGGUGACUCACAUGCGGCACGAGAUAGCCAAACUGACCAAGAUGAGAGAGGGCACCCAAAGGAGGUUACGCCAGAUAGAAGAUCAGAAAUUAGAUGUGGAACAGCUAAGGGACAUGCUGAAAAACCAGAUCACUGGGCUGGAGAGAGAAUUGGAGUCCAAGAAGAAACAAGCAGAGACUGAUAAGAAAGCAAUAGAAGAACUGGUGCGAGAAAGAGACCUCUUAAACAAGAACAUGCUGAAGGCUGCAGGUGCCACCCAGAAGCAGUUAAACCUAGUGAAGCUCCACGAGCAAACUAAGAAGAACCUGGACCAGGAGAUCCAGAACUACAAGGAGGAGGCCCAGAAACAGAGGAAGAUCAUUUACCAGCUAGAGAAGGAGAGGGACCGCUACAUUAACGAAGCGAGUGAACUAACACAGAAGGUCCUCCAGCACAUGGAAGAUAUUAAAGUGAGGGAAAUGCAGAUCUUCGAUUAUAAAAAGAAAAUUGCUGAGGCAGACACAAAGCUGAAGCAGCAACAGAACCUUUAUGAGGCAGUGAGAUCUGACAGGAACCUGUACAGCAAGAACCUCAUUGAAGCACAGGAUGAGAUUACAGAAAUGAAAAGGAAGUUGAAGAUAAUGAACCACCAGAUUGACCAGAUGAAAGAGGAGAUUAGCGGGAAGGAGGCAGCCCUGGUGAAGGAACAUAUGGAGCACCAGCGUGUGGAGAAGGAGAAAGAGGCACUCAAGGCUGAGCUGCAGAAGAUGAAACAGCAAGCUCAGGAGACUAAGCAGUUCAUUGACAAUCAGGAGGUAGAGGAGAGAAAGCUGCUCAAGAUCAUUGCUGAUGCUGAUACUGAAAGACUCAGACAAAAGAAGGAAUUGGAUCAGGUAAUUAGUGAGCGGGACAUUCUGGGCACACAGCUGGUGCGUCGCAAUGAUGAGCUGGCCCUGCUCUACGAGAGGAUUAAAAUCCAGCAGUCCAUGCUGAACAAGGGGGAGGUCCAGUAUAACCAGAGGGUAGAGGACAUUCGCCUGCUCAAGCUGGAGAUCAAGAAGCUGAGGCGAGAGAAGGGCAUCUUGACCAAGACUGUGGCUAAUGUGGAGGAUCUCAGACGGGAGGUUUACCACAUGCAAAGGGAACUUCUGAAAGAACGGACCAGGUGCAGGGCUCUGGAGGAAGAGCUUGAAAACCCCAUGAACGUACAUAGAUGGAGAAAACUAGAGGCCAGUGACCCGAGCACUUAUGAGCUAAUCCAAAAGAUUCACACCUUACAGAAGAGACUGAUUACAAAGACCGAGGAGGUUGUGGAAAAAGAGCUACUAUUACAGGAAAAAGAGAAGCUGUAUGUGGAAUUGAAGCACAUCCUGGCCCGGCAGCCUGGACCUGAAGCAGCAGAGCAGUUACAGAUUUACCAGCAGACACUGAGGGAAAAGACCAAGCAACUCAAGGUUUUAUCAUCAGAGCUGAACAUGUAUGAGUCUCAAACGCAGGAUUAUAAAUAUGAGAUUGAGAGAUUGGCCCACGAGCUACAAAAUGUCAAGAAGAAGUAUCUCAUUCAAAAACGCAAGGAGCAGCAGGAAAGGGAAAAAGAGAGGAGCUUGACUCAAGUGGGACCACCUUUAAUUCAACCUCAGCAGACAGAUGGACCACACUUUACAGGGGGAGGUUUCAGCCUCAAGCAUAGUGGGAAGAUACCAGCAUAAAGCCCUCCCUGUCAUCCAGCUGUGUCUGUCAAAUUAAAUUAAUCUCUGUUGUAGUUAUCAGAAUGAUUUUAGCAUAAAAAAAGUUUAGAUUUUCAUUACAAAAGAAAUAAUCACUUUACAGCUCACAUGCUGAUGUGUGUGUGUGUGUGUGUGUGUGUUUAUUUUACACUUUAAAAACAUUAUUACCAAGAUGCUUUGGCUAAAUCGGAAACAGCCUCCAGGUAUUUGGAAAUGCUAACGCUCUUCUGCUUCGGAUAUCCAAAUUCACAAAGGAUUUUCUCUCACAGUCUUCAAGUUUAGAUUUUUGACACAUCUUACUAAUAAAGCUUUGGGAAGAAAGCUGGGUGUUCCUGUACAGUGGCAUUACAACUCAGCUGAUGUUGCUUUUUCGUUCUUUGUUUGGGUUAAAAGCCAAUAUAUUCCUGCUUAGUUUGUGAUGUUUCUGAUAUAAUAUGAUAUUUAUUCCGUCUCCCAUCAUGUCUUGAACUCCAACAACUGUCUUGAUUGGAACAUCUGUCUUUCUUAAAAAGAUAAAAGACAUUUUUGUUUUUUUACCAACCUUCCAAACAGGGAGAAACUAAAACUCAGAAUUAUGUUUGGCUUAUAUAAAUAUUAGUACCAACUAAAAUCUGACUUCUGUUUUAAGUAACUGAAAAGGAAUUUAGAUUGAUCAAAGAGGUAAUAGAAGAAAUAAAGGUCCAACUUGAACACGUUGGGCUAAAUUUACAAUGCUUUUUGUGUUAUACUUCAGUUUAAGGAUGUGUGCCACUAACGUAUUUGUGUUUGUUGUUUGUCAAAAAAGUCUUAUACCCUGCAUUCUUUAAGUAACAGCUGUAACCUUUUUUAUAUUAAUUUCUCAGAACGUUAGACCCUUCCAUUGUAUCUAGAAGCAUGCAGUGCAGAGUUGUUUGGCAUAUACCCAACAAGAAUGAUAGCAGAUCAGAGUACCUUUGAUGGUUCUGCAGUUACUCCUACAGUUUAUUCAACCCCAGUGAAUAACAUACUUUUGGAAUUAAUUGACCCUUCUUCAGACAAAGUACACACAGGGCAAUCCUCAACACAAAGGACAUCACUGCAUUCCAAGGUCUGGCUUUUAAAAUGUAUUAAUUUCCAUAUGGAAUGUGAAGUUUAAUCCUAAGGAAAUUGCAACAAUACAAUUGCAAACUUUCAUUAAAAAUAAAUAUACAUUUUCAUUCAAGUUCUUUAUUUUUUCUCAUUAAAUUGACGGUAAUAUAUAUCCCAAGAGACAAGCAGACGCCCGUUUUACUCAUCCACUAGAGAAGCGUGUUACAUGGCAUUAUACAUCAAAUUAACAGUGACAAAUAGGUUAUUCAAAGAAAAUACAUUUGUAACAAUACACAACUAUCAAGUUACAACUUAUUGCAGUUGGAGAAGGGACAGUUACAUCUUCAGAGUAGUUUCCUGCUAGUUUUAGAGUGUUCAAAUGUGCCUUUUAUUUACCAUCUUCAAAAACAAGGCCCACUCUGAGUGAUAAAAAACAUUAUUCAUUUAACAAAAAUAGAGGCAAAUAUCUAAAUAUUAUAAUUUAGUGUUUUGUAAGGUCUGUUUCUCAUUUUAUACCAUUAAGAAGGAACGGUAUCCAUUGAGUUACUUAAAAAAUACGUGAUCUUGA